GGGUUUUUAAGUCGGUUCGAUUAGGCAAAGAUGCUGCGUUUCAUAUGGGGAAUAAAGAUGUAGGGAAAACUAAUGCUUAGUAGGAAAAAAAGAGGAAAAAAAAUUCACACCCCCCAUUUUUUUUUGGAAGUUAGGAAGGGAAUGGGAGGGGUUCUGUGCUUUUAUGAAUGAAGGGGGAAGAAAGAAUGAAAGAAUUCAUGCCCUUGAUGUAAGCCUGCACAUGUGAUUGUACUUGGUAAUAAGUAGAGGGGAAAAAGGAUAAGAUUUCCAGUCCCUUAGAUCAGGCACAGGAGAGAGUGAGGACCAGCAUGGAAAGGAACAUAGUCCAGUUGGCAGUUUGGUGCCUGUUCUCCUUCUUCCAAGUUUGCAAUGGCCAGUUUCCCAGGGCAUGUAGCACAGCAGAAUCCCUCCUGAGCAAGGAAUGUUGCCCUGUGUGGCCUGGAGAUGGCUCCUCUUGUGGUCAGUUAUCAGGAAGGGGAGUCUGUCAGGACGUCAUCCUCAACAGCUCUGCUGCGGGCCCUCAGUUUCCGUUUUCUGGGGUCGAUGAUAGAGAGGACUGGCCCACUGUAUUUUACAACAGGACAUGUCAAUGCCUUGGCAACUUUAUGGGCUAUAACUGUGCAGACUGCAAAUUUGGCUUCAGAGGGCCAAACUGCACAGAAAGGAGAACAAUGGUCAGAAAGGAGAUAUUCCGAAUGAGCAGUGCCGAGAAGAGCAAAUUCAUCGCCUAUCUGGAUUUGGCCAAGCACACCACCAGCCGUGACUAUGUCAUAGUCACUGGGACCUACGCUCAGAUGAAUAACGGCUCCAAUCCUAUGUUUGCGGAUGUCAGCGUGUAUGACCUCUUUGUGUGGAUGCAUUACUAUGCAUCCCGAGAUGCCUUCAUAGGAGAAGAUGGCCUCUGGAGAAACGUUGACUUUGCCCAUGAAGCUCCAGCCUUUGUACCCUGGCACCGGUACUUCUUGCUGCACUGGGAACAUGAGAUUCAGAAGCUCACGGGAGAUGAGAAUUUUACCAUCCCUUUCUGGGAUUGGAGAGAUGCCCAAGGUUGUGACAUUUGCACAGAUGAGUUUCUAGGAGGAAUUCAUCCCACCACGAGCAACCGUCUAAGUCCAGCAUCCUUCUUCUCAUCAUGGGAGAUUGUCUGCAGCCGUCCUGAGGAAUACAAUGCUCAGAGGAUCUUGUGCAAUGGUACCAGUGAAGGCCCACUGCUCAGAAACCCUGGUGGCCACGACCGUAGCAGGGUUUCUAGACUGCCUACAACAGCUGAGGUUGAGAUGUGUCUGUCAUUAACAGAUUAUGAAACGGAGCCCAUGGAUCGGUCGGCCAACUUCAGCUUCAGGAACACACUAGAAGGAUUUGCAGAUCCACAAACUGGGAUAGCUAACCAGUCUCAGAGAUUCAUGCAUAACACACUGCAUGUGUUUCUCAAUGGCUCCAUGUCUUCCGUCCAAGGAUCAGCCAAUGACCCAGUUUUUGUCCUGCACCAUGCUUUUGUUGACAGCAUCUUUGAGCAAUGGAUUAGAAGGCACAGAGCUACAGUAGACGCUUAUCCAGAAUCCAAUGCACCAAUUGGCCACAAUCGUGGCUACUACAUGGUCCCCUUCAUUCCUCUGUAUACAAAUGGAGAAUUCUUUGCCCCGUCAAGAGAUCUUGGAUAUGAUUAUGAUUAUCUAGCAGAAACAGGUUCCAUUCAAGACUUUCUUUUGCCCUACUUGGAGCAAGCGAGACAGAUCUGGCAGUGGCUGGUUGGAGCAGCCAUAGUUGGGGGCCUCGUUACUGCUGUGAUUGCAACCGUUGUUGGCUUGGCAUGUCGACAGAAGAGAAAAUUUGCAUCGGAGGAAACGCAGCCGCUACUCAUGGAAGCCGAAGAUUAUCAACCCACCUAUCAAUCUAAUCUAUAGAGCCCAAGCACUAGCUAAAUGUAACUAGCUAAAUGUGAACACAUUUAUAUACUAUUUUUUUAUAUCUGGUGGGUGUCAAAUGUGUACUUCUUGUCUAAUGUGGGAAGUAUCUAAUUUUAACCCAUUUUAUCGCCUGAGACAGUGUCGGACUUGGGUGCCAGGGGCCUACAGGUCCACUCUCCAAUCAAUUUUUCCUUUCUCUUACUUAUUUCUUUAUUUUACUCUUAAUUACUUCUCUUUAUAUACUAUCCUCUAUGCUUCUUCCUUCUAUUUCUUCUCUUUGUUCCCAUAUAGAAUUGGGAAAUGGCCAUGGUGUAGGCAUAAUGUAUAAGGCAAAUGGUUGGGUGAGCUGGAAGGUUGACCACUGGGAGCUUUCCUUGUAUCCUGGUGGGUCAGUCAGACACUGGCCUGAGAGGAAAAUCGACUUACCCAGUCAAGUGUACAGAGGGUUAACUAUGUUGUGUAACACACAAUGUACUUUUAUGUAAAAAAAAAUGAUAUGUAUAUAUAAUAUGUAUACUUCCCAACUGUCGUGCCCAGCCAUCUUUAUAUGUACAAAACAUAUAGAUCUACGGUUCGAAUUCCAUGUUGUAUGGGUAUUGGCUAUAAGUAAAUAUUAAGAUUUAUUGCGGAUUUAAUUUUGUGCUUUUCAUUUGAUUUGUAUUGAUUUGUAUUCUCAAACGAUGCUUAAUCACAAUUGGCUAAAGGUUUAUACAAGCGAUAUUAAAUAUCCAUUUUUACAGGAAAGGGCAACAUGCAAUCUUUCUGUUGUUGCUUUUGAUAGAGGCAGCAAUAUCUGGAUGGCUGUAGGUCCUACAAGAGACCUGGUGGUGCAAAAUCGACAUUGGAACCUUCCCUUAACACUAGGCCUCACCACCUUGGGAGUACUGAGGGUUUGCUGGCCCUAGCAGCUACCCCCUAAAGCACUAUUGGCCUUUUAGCAGGAACCGAUUUAGUUACACAAAUAGUAACUGCAUUUUACAUUGGUUGAUUACACCACUGUAACUGUUAUCAAAUAAUCUCUACUCAACAGGAGUCUGCUGUGCCCUUUUAAUCACUUUUGAGAGAUUUCGGAUCUGCAUCUAUAGACAUUGCUGAUUUUAUUAGACGGGCUUAAGUAUUUAUUACCCUACUAACCUCGGUUUUUUUGAGCUUAUCCAAAGUAUAUCUGCACAAUGUGUUGGUUGUCACUAUCUGGAUCGUUAGGUAUUAAUAGUAGGGAUGCACCAAAUCCACUAUGUUGGAUUUGGCCGAAUCCCCGAAUGCUUGGAGAAAGCUUAAGCUGAAUAACGAAUCUGAAUCCAAAUUUGCAUAUGCAAAUUAGGGUCAGGAAUGGAAAA